ACUCAAGAAUUAUCGCAUUUUGUUGCAAAAACAAGAAAUAAACACCAAUUUCCUAGUUUUGCGUACAGUUCUUUAUACAUGCGACGUGAUACUAAGCUUGCAACAUGAAUACAAUUAAAGAAGAAACCUCUAAUCCUUCGUUAAAGCUGCUAAGCUGCCGAGCUUGCUUAGCGACCGAUAUUAAAUUGUUUAAUAUAUACGAAAACAAACUCGCAGAAUCUUUUGCUCAUAUCACAGGGAGUCCCGUGCUCUUAUCAGACGGGUUGCCGCAGCACCUGUGCUGCUACUGCCGCAGCGCUCUGCUCAAAUGCAGAGUAUUCAGGGCCCGGAGCCUCCGCGCACAACAGUGCCUUAGGGCAGUACCUUUGCAAAUUGAGCUAACCACAGACUAUAUCAGAACCAUAGACCACCAAUCUCACCAGCUUAUUUACCUAACACAAACAAGAGUCGAAACAACAGACUAUAGAGAUAUUCUUGAAGUGGAUGUGAAAAAAGAAGAGUCAGACAUAGACAAUUUCAUCCCAGAGUCUGACGAUUUGAAAAUAGAAUAUGAAAUCAAAGAUAAAAUAGAUGAAGGCAUAGACAAUGGAGAUUUCAGUGAUGAUAAUACAGAACAGAUAUUUGUUGCCACCAAUCCGGUGAGAGAUGUAAAAGUUAGAAAGGGAAAGAAGAAAAAAACAAAUACAGAAGAGAAGAGAGUUAAGAAGAAGAUAAAGAAGAGGACGUCAGAUAAUGAUUAUUUGCCGGAUUUCGAUUUUGCCAAGUUUGAAAGUAGUUAUAGUGUUGAAAUUAUUGCUUUAACAAAGGAGCAACAACUAGAGGAGAUUCGGGCGCGCAAGCAGAGCGCCAACUACCAGUACGCGGCGUACAAGUGCGAGGAGUGCGGGAAGGGGUUCAUGGCCAACGAUGCCUACAACAACCACAAGAUACGACACAGCCCGAGCAUGGGCGCGCACGCGUGCGAGAUCUGCCUGGUGCGGUUCAAGCGGCAAUCUCGUCGGCAGGAGCACCAGGACCUGCACCGGCUCAAGUUCCUCUGCAAGGAGUGCAGCUUCGUAUCUAGGAACAGGUAUCAAGCGAAGAAGCAUUUCGAGUGGCACUCUGGCAAGAUCCACGUCUGCAAGCACUGCGGGGCCAGCUUUACCAAGAGUUCAACAUACUUGUCGCACGUGCGUCUUCAGCAUCCUGCGAUGAAUGUGGCAUGCGACGUGUGCGGCGAGACGUUCGUGGGACGACUGGGACUGUUGCAACACAAGUCACGAGCACACCAGGUAGGGUCGCCAUGUGAGGGAGUUAGCUCGACAUACGUGCCUCUCCAGCAUACCGCCUUGAAUGUGGCAUGCGACGUGUGCGGCGAGACGUUCGUGGGACGACUGGGACUGUUACAACACAAGUCAAGAGCACACCAGGCGGAGUCUCGCUGCGCGGAGUGCGGCGCGCAGUUCGAGAGCGCGGAGGCGUUGACCAGACACACCCCCUGCGACCCACAUGCCAGGCCCUGUCUGGUGUGUGGCGAGACGUUGUCGACAGAGGAAGAAUUACAAGCACACGCCAAGGAACGACACAGCAUGGAACAGUUCAAAUGUGUACAGUGUGACAAAACAUUCGCCAGCUCUAAAUCGUACGAAGUGCACCACCAGCGCGUGCACCUCAACGUGCGCUGGCGCAAGUCGCGCGACCAGCGAGCGCGGCGCACUCACAGCGACCCGCCCAAGCGCAAGGAGGCCAUGUGCGAGGUGUGCGGGAAGGCGUGCGAGGUGAGAUCAACAAGAUAUAUACCUCUCUCUACUUUACUUCCAUACGACCCGCCCAAGCGCAAGGAGGCCAUGUGCGAGGUGUGCGGGAAGGCGUGCGAGCGCAAGUCGCGCGACCAGCGAGCGCGGCGCACUCACAGCGACCCGCCCAAGCGCAAGGAGGCCAUGUGCGAGGUGUGCGGCAAGGCGUGCGAGCGACCCGCCCAAGCGCAAGGAGGCCAUGUGCGAGGUCUGCGGCAAGGCGUGCGAGCGCGGCGCACUCACAGCGACCCGCCCAAGCGCAAGGAGGCCAUGUGCGAGGUGUGCGGGAAGGCGUGCGAGUCGAACGCAGCGUUGGUGUACCACCAGCGGUCCCACACGGGCGAGCGGCCCUACAAGUGCGCGCAGUGCCCCAAGUCCUUCACAAUGCCGCAGGCCCUCAUAAAUCACCAGCUGGUGCACUCGGACGAGCGGCCAUACAUGUGCUCCGCGUGCCCGAAGGCCUUCAAGCAGAAAGUGGCGCUGCAACUGCACAGCCGGGUCCACACCGGCGAGCGUCCAUACAAAUGUUCGCUAUGCGACAGUUCGUUCAAGCAGGGCCCACACCUCCGUACACACGUCAAGCUGAUGCACCACGCGCCGGACCGCCGGCCGCGUCGCAAGCUCUAGCACGACAGGCGCGGCUCACUCGAUCCCGUCGCGUCGCUACAAGC